AUGACCAGAGGCCACUCCGGCUCGCGCGGCCGCAGCACGGGCUCCGCUCGGGCUCUGGCGGCCCGCCGAGAAUGGUUAAAAUCUACCAUUAUUGUGAUGCUGUUUAUUUCUUCUUCAGUUCUGUUAAUCAUUGUUUUAUGUAGAAAGAUGGCGGAAAUUUCAGAUGUUGUUCUGUCUAGUUUAAUUGCCUUAUUCUCCAUCGUACUACUGACUGUAAAAGAACCAGUUGACUUUAAAGUGAUUGGUCCUGCCUAUCCUAUCUUGGCCAAGAUUGGAGAAGAUGCAGUACUAACCUGUCAACUCCUCCCUAAAAGAAAUGCGAUAAACAUGGAGGUGAGGUGGUACCGUUCAGAGCUCAGCACACCUGUGUUUGUAUACCGAGAUGGGGCUGUGGUGACUGAGAUGCAGAUGGAGGAGUACAGAAGCCGGGUAGAGUGGAUAGAAAACAACAUUGAUGAGGGAAAUGUGGCUUUGAAGAUUCACAACAUCCAACCAUCUGACCAUGGGCAAUACUGGUGCCAUUUCCAAGACAGAUCCUACAGUGCAGAAACAAGCUUGCAGUUGAGAGUUGCAGGUCUGGGCUCUGACCCCGACAUCCAUAUGCAGAGGAUUGUGGAAGGUAGAAUCCAGCUUGUGUGUACUUCAGAAGGUUGGUUUCCAGAGCCCCAGGUAUAUUGGAAAAAUGCCAGGGGAGAGAACAUGGAAACUUUCCUUGAGCACCACUUUCAAAAUAAUGAUGACCUCUUCUAUGUGGAAUCCACCCUUGAGGUGAGGGAUGCCUCUUUAGAGACCAUGUCCUGUGUCAUUCAUAAUCCCAUCCUCAAUGAGGAGAAGAAGUCAACUAUCUCAAUCCCAGAGAAACUCCAAACUGAACUGGCUUCCUUACAAGUGAUUGGACCUUCCCAGCCCAUCAUUGUCAGAGUGGGAGAAGAUACACAGUUAACCUGUUACCUGUUUCCCAAGACUAAUGCACAGAACAUGGAAGUGAGAUGGGUCAGAGUCCACAGACAUCCUGCUGUUUAUGUGUAUAUGGAUGGGAAUCAUGUGAUUGGAGAACAAAUGGAAGAAUACAGAGGGAGAACAGUGUUGCUGAGUGAUGACAUUGAUGAGGGGAAGGUGAUUCUCAACAUCCACAGUGCAAAGGUGUCAGAUGAUGGGCAGUACCGAUGCCUUUUUGAAAAAGAUGGUGUUUACCAGGAGGCCAGCUUGGAUUUGAAGGUAGCAGGUAUGGGUUCUUCUCCGCUGAUUACCAGGAAGGAAUUGGAACAUCGAGAAAUGGAAUUGAUAUGUUCUUCAGAUGGGUGGUUUCCUCAGCCUCAUGUGCAGUGGAGAAACAUGGAAGGAAAGGUGAUACCCUUAUUAAAUGAGGUCCUGUCUCAAGACAGUGAUGGGCUAUUCCAUGUACAGUCAUCUGUAUUGGUCAGAAAUAAAACCAUCGUGAAUGUGACCUGUUCAAUCACCAACCUCCUUCUGGGUCAAGAGAAAACAGCAGCUUUUUCUCCUUCAGAGUUCAGAAUGUCUUAUUUAUGGACGAUAUUACCUGUUUUGGCAAUACUGCUUGUUUUGGGGGCUGUAAGACUGAAAAGAAAAGAGAACUAUCAAAAAGAGGCCUUUCCUCAAAACACCACCACCAGCAGCACCACCACCAACAACCAAAACAACGAUCAUUCCUGGGAUGGAUCUUCUUUCUUUUUAGCGAAGGUGAUAUUGGAUCCAAAUACAGCUCAUCCAGAACUCAUUCUUUCAGAAGGAAACAAAUGUGUGACCCAUGGACAUGCCUGGCAGGAGCUUCCAGACCUCCCACAGAGGUUUAACUUCCUGCCAUGUGUUUUAGGCCAAGAAGGGUUCACAUCAGGGAGGUGGUACUGGGAUGUGAAUGUUGAGAACAGUACUGAUUGGUGCUUGGGUGUUGCUAGGAGUGAUGUCACGAGGAAAUGUUCCAUUUCUAUGUUACCUGAGAAUGGGUUCUGGGCAAUGGGUUGUUAUGGAAAUCAGUACUGGGCCAUCACCUCUCCUCCAAUCCAUCUGUAUCUGGCUUUGGCCCCCAAACGUGUCAGAAUUUCCCUUGACUAUGACUCUGGACAGCUCUCAUUUUAUAACAUAAACAGCAAGAGACAUAUCUAUACCUUUCCCAAGUGUUCAUUCUCUGGAAAGUUACACUCAUUUUUCCUUCUUUGGUCUCCUGAUGUCGAUUCUCCUGACAUUUUCCCUGCACUGAGGCCAUUCUCUGUCUCUUCUACAAGGAAAACAGCAAUCUUGGAUUUUGGAAACCAGAGUGGUAUUCCAAGACCCAGCUCUUUACAAUUUUCACCACUUGCUCGAAGGUGGCUGACAAGAUCAUCAGAGAAGCAAGGAGCAACAAGCAGUGAGCCCUGGCAGAAGCCGCCAGAGGAGCCGUUGUGGGACCCACAGACCAGGAGCAAGCCUGUCAGUGGGAAAUUGAGUUUUCUUAAGAACCACCACCCCAUCAGGAGCAAGCAGAAGCCGCCAGAGGAGCCAUUGUGGGACCCACCGACCAGGAGCAAGCCUAAUCCAGUUGAGGGAAGUAUCAAUCAUCAGACAGAAAAUCCUUCUGACCAGCAACAGAGUCGACUAUUUGCCAGGCUUUACCUAGAAAUCCAGGGUCAUGGAAAGCUGUUCCUAACUACAGAGUUUCCUCUAGGGAGGCCUGGUGGUCAGUCUUGCAAGCCCCUCAAGAUCAAAGAAAUCUUUGCCCCUGAUGUUGUGUCUCUGUCAGGAGAUGAAACGGAAAACUAG